UCUCGCGUGAUGUUAUACGGCUGACUCGCGAUGUUUGGUUUGGAAGUGAUGCGGGAACAGUGAGACGGGACGGGGGAGAGGUGUCUUCAGUGUUUACCAUUGUCUGAAGAAGUUGCUAUUCCGUCCACAUGAACGCCUCAAAUUCGCUUGCCUCACCUAAGCUGCUGUAUACAGAUUUGGAGAAUUCUACCAUUCAAAAGCAAAGAAAAGAGCUACAGUUAUUAAUUGCUGAGCUGAAGGACAGAGACAAGGAGCUAAAUGACAUGGUAUCAGUGCAUCAGAGGCAGCUGCUUGCGUGGGAGAAUGAUCGUCAGCGAGUUCUCACACUGGAACAGAAGUGUGCCAGGCUAGAAAAUGAACUGCAGAGAAGGAAUGAAAUAAUCAGAUCAUUAACCAAAAGGAUAAAGUUACUGGAAGCUCAGCAGCAGGACCGAAGAACAUCCCUGGAGACCACCCAAGAGCAACUGCAGAAAGUGUCUCUCAGGGCAUCAGAAGCUAGCAGCCACUGUCAAGACUUGGAGGAAAAAAAUCUAAGUUUGAAUGAGUCAGUGUUGGAGCUUUCUGCUCACAUUGGACGAUUACAUGCCCGAGAACAGGAACUUUCCACCUUACUAAGGUUGAAGGACAGUGAUAUUGUGGAAGCGACCAAUCACAUCACAGAGUUUACAUCUCGAUUUAAAGAUCUAGAAGCAGCACUGCGUGAGGCUAGGCUCAGGGAAGCCUCAGCCAUAAAGGAGGUAGAUAAUCUGAAACCCAGGCUAAGAAGGAUGAAGACUGAAAUUGAUAAACUGAAAGAUGACCUCGGCCAAAAGACUGUGGAGAACAAUGAGCAGAGGGAGGAGAUUAUUCGCCUAAAACAGGAAGGUGAAUACUUGAAGGCCGAGCUGGUUUUCACAGGUGAAAGAGAGAAGCGUAAAGAUCAACUCCUUCAGCUAGCAAAAUCCAAGCAAGACCGAACUGACACAGAACUGCAGAACCUGCGACAGAUUUACAUGAAGCAACAGCAUGACCUGCAGUUUUUAUACCUGACUUUGGAGAGCUCAUAUGAUAAGACACAUGCUCAAGUUGAUGUCAGCAGCGGUCCAUUAGACAUCAAAUCCUUGGACUCUGCUGAAGGAGAUGGAUUGAUAGGUAGCAGACAGAGCCUCCACUCUGACUUUUUGCCAGACCUGAAAAUGCCACUAAUGCAGUCAGCCCUCAAAGACUCAGGAAAUCUCAGAUGCCAAAUUACACAAAAAGAAAAAGAAAAAAGUGCUUCCUGAUGUGAUUAAUGCAAGAUUUCCCACCUGGUUUCCCCCAAGUCUAGAUGCAAUACCAGUGCUAUCCAUCCUGUUUUAAGCUUAGAAAUAGAGGAGAAUACAAUAAAACUCAAACUAUUCAGCUUCCAAUACUUCCACCUGGAUUAUCAUCUGCCUCUCUCCUACAUGAAUUCCAAUUAUGGUUUAAAACCAUUAUUUUAGAAACCAGGGGCUAAAUGUUAUAGCCUGUGAGCUGCCAGAGGUGCAGGACUUUCUGCUUGUC